GCAUCUUCUUUGAGUUUUAAUCGGCUGGCCAAGUCUCUCUCUUUCAAGAUUUUAACUUGUACAUUGAUUUGGUCAAAUGAAGAUUAUAUCAGCAUGAACAACAAACAGUCCGGCUUUUUAAUUUUUCUAAUGAGCCUGUUGGAAGCAUCCAAUGAGAUUAUCCUUCCUACUGCAAUCUCUGUAGUGUAUAUAUACAUGUUAUCCACUGAGCUUUUCACAAAGAGGCAAGGCAAGUGAAGAUGGUGGUAGCCAAUAGGUACAUAACAAUAAAGACCCAGAUGGACGGUGAACCCAAGGAGUCAGACUUUGAGCUCAGGACUUUAGCCCUUGAUAUAUCAGUUGACCCUGGUUCCAAUGAUAUUAUUGUGAAGAAUCUGUAUGUGUCAAUUGACCCUUACCAGCUAAACCGCAUGAAAAGUUUCAGCUCCUCACAGAAAGCUAUAGGCUUUGCAGCUGCCAUCACUCCAGGAGAAACUAUUGAUGCUUAUGGUGUGGCAAAAGUUGUGGCUUCUGGGAAUCCUGAAUUUGAGAAGGAUGACUUGGUUGUGGGGCUUAUCACUUGGGGAGAGUAUAGUGUACUAAAAGAAGGAAGCAUGUUUAGGAAAUUGGAUCCUUUGGGAUUUCCACUGUCUUACCAAGUUGGAAUUCUAGGUUUCAGUGGACUUACAGCAUAUGGUGGAUUUUUCGAAGUAUGCAAGCCUAAGAAGGGGGAGAAAGUUUUCGUGUCUGCAGCUUCUGGAUCAGUUGGGAAUUUGGUCGGACAGUAUGCAAAACUGUUUGGUUGCUACGUUGUUGGCUGUGCAGGAACCAAAGAAAAGGUAGCACUGCUCAAGGAAAAGCUCGGAUUUGAUGACGCAUUCAACUACAAGGAAGAGUCUGAUUUAAAGUCAACCCUCAAAAAGUACUUCCCUGAUGGGAUUGACAUAUACUUUGACAAUGUGGGGGCUGAGAUGCUAGAAGCAGCAGUUUCUAACAUGAACACUUUUGGUAGAGUUGCCGUUUGUGGCGUAAUCUCUGAGUAUACAGAUGCCGGAAAGAGAGCUGCACCAGAUAUGCUAGAUGUUAUAUACAAGAGAAUCAAGAUCCAGGGGUUUUUAGCAGCUGAUCAAAUGCUUGUCUAUUCGGAUUUUCUUUCCACCACCACAGAUCAUCUUCGUACUGGAAAAUUGCAUGCCAUUGAAGACAUCUCACAUGGUCUGGAGAGUGUUCCAUCUGCUUUCAUUGGACUUUUCUGUGGCCAUAACACGGGAAAGAAAAUUGUUAAGAUUGCAGAUGAGUGAACGAAAGAAAUCUCAUUUUGCUUUGAUUCAUAAAUUGGAAAAUGAGCAUUUGCUCUAAUCAUAAUCGUUGCUUCUA